CGAAUCGCAGCAGGAUUUGCGGGAUGUGCAACAUGCGAGAAAAUGUCAGAUGCUCGAAACAAACCGCUGUGCCUUCCAAUUAACCGUUCACGUUUCGCGAAUAGGUAUGUCAAAGACACGCCGUAUUGAAAAUUUUAGGUAUAUAAGGUCAUUUGAUUCACGUGGCUUCAUCGUAUUCCAACGAGUGUGAGUCAAAAAGGUAUUGAAAGACGCUGCGCCACGAAAUAUCUUUCAACAGCGCGCCGCAGUUCAAUACAGGUAUUGAACUGUCAUACAUGGGUUUCGAACGCCUUCGCGAUCACGAUCAGCAGUAUGUCUCUCGUAAUGCUGAAUAAACGAACGUAGCGAGAAAUAAUAUGUCACCAUUCCGGAGGAAAAAAUCCGGGAGAUCCUUCCCUGUCAAAGUUUGCACCUUGGAUGCUGAGCUCGAAUUUAAUUUGGAGUGGAGAUCGACUGGUAGAGACUUGUUUGAUCUGGUGUGCCGCACGAUUGGGCUGAGAGAAACGUGGUAUUUCGGACUUCAAUAUGAAGAUGCAAAGGGCUUUAUCUCUUGGUUAAAAUUAGAUAAGAAAGUUCAAGAUCAAGGUGUUUCGCAACAAUCAACGACAUCGUUCAUGUUCUUAGCAAAAUUUUAUCCCGAGGAUGUUGCUGAAGAACUUGUACAAGAAGUCACUCAACAUCUUUUCUUCUUACAAGUAAAGCAAGCUAUAUUGUCUAUGGAUAUUUAUUGUCCACCUGAGGCUUCUGUGUUACUCGCCUCUUAUGCUGUCCAAGCAAAGUAUGGAGAUUAUGAUGAAGUUUCAUAUCGUCCUGGAAUGCUUGCCAGUGAGGAUUUGCUUCCACAAAGAGUUAUAGAUCAGUAUCAAAUGACUCCAGAAAUGUGGGAGGAUAGGAUAAAAAUUUGGUAUGCUGAUCAUCGUGGCAUGUCUCGAGAUGAAGCAGAAAUGGAAUAUCUUAAAAUUGCGCAAGAUCUCGACAUGUAUGGCGUAAACUAUUUUCCUAUUAGUAAUAAAAAGGAAACAGAUCUUUGGCUCGGAGUAACGGCAUUGGGAUUAAAUAUUUAUGAAAAGGAGAAUAAACUGGCACCGAAAACUACGUUUACAUGGUCGGAAAUUCGUCAUAUUAGUUUCGAUGACAAGAAGUUCAUAAUCAAACCUGUGGAAAAGACAUCGCCAAACUUCAUGUUCUUCUCGCAGAAAACUCGCAUGAAUAAAUUGGUAAAGAAACAGUCAGAUGUUGGCAGCUGGGUGAGGGGCUUAAUAGCUUUAAAGUUGAACGAACAUAAUAGUGACACGGCUGCUCAUGUAUUGUUUGUUAAGAUCCUAGACCUGUGUAUUGGCAACCACGAUCUAUUUAUGAGGCGACGCAAACCGGAUUCCAUGGAAGUUCAACAAAUGAAAGCGCAAGCAAAGGAAGAAAAAUCCAGGAGGCAAAUUGAAAGAAAUAAAUUAGCACGAGAAAAGCAAUUACGAGAAGCAGCGGAAAGAGAAAAGGCUGCGAUGGAACAACGCCUUUUGCAAUACCAGGAGGAGAUACGACUGGCAAAUGAAGCUCUUAGAAGAUCUGAAGAGACGGCAGAUCUUUUAGCUGAGAAGAGUCGCGUAGCAGAGGAAGAAGCAAUGCUUCUAAGUCAGAAAGCAUCAGAAGCUGAACAAGAGAUCACGCGUAUACGAUUAAACAACAUGAAGACUGAAGAGGAAAAGGUCCAUCUAGAACGAAAGACUAGAGAGGCUGAAUUAUUAACGGAAAGACUGGUGCAAGAAUCGGAACGUAGAGCUGCUGAAGCGGAAAAAUUGAAAGAUGAACUAUUACGCGCGAGAAUUGCCGAAAAAGAAGCUAAGGAAAAACUGUUAGAGUUCCUGAGUAGAAAUGCCUACACUGCUACCAUAACCCCUGUGCCAAACCUAUUUCCUUCUACGCAAGUACUUCCAUCAGACCUACAGGCGGAUCUUCAGACUUUACAACUAGAUACAGAACCUCUACCACCUGACUUAACAUCCUAUGAUCUUAUCGGCGACGGAGACGUCGAUCAACUUUCAUUAGAAAUUGAAAGGGAGAGAAGCGAUUAUUUGGAAAAAAGUAAACAUCUGCAAGAACAACUGCGCGAAUUACGUUCCGAAAUCGAAGGUCUAAAAGUCGGUGAAAAGCAGUGCGAGUUGGAUCAGUUGCAUGAAGAACAAGUUCGACUUGGCGAGAAUAAAUACAGCACGUUGAAAAAAGUCAAGUCCGGAUCCACUAAAGCCAGAGUUGCCUUCUUUGAGGAGUUAUAGUUUUUGAGACAGUAGUGAUGGUAACAAACAUGUUUUAACAAGAUACUAGUAAAAUUUAAUUGAUACUAAUAAACUAUAAAUGCGCGUACGUGUACACAUAACACACGCACGCAGAAAAAAAAGGAAAAAGGAGAUAUCCAAACAUAGAAUACUCAAGUGUGCUAUAUUAUAGAAUAUUCCAUUUCUCGAUUAGGUGAUACUAAACUUCUUAACAAAUUUGAAAUGAUUUUUCUUUAAAAUUUUCGAAAAAGUUCUACGUAGAAAAUAUAGAAUGUUCAACAAUAAGUGGGAAGAAAUAUAAGGAGUAGAUCUAGUGAUAAAAGAUGAAAAAUUAAGAAUAAAAUUGCGAAAGCAUCUUGUUUUUUUAAUUAUAAUAUCUAAAUAAUUACAUGCUCUUUAGGCAUUUUUUACAUUAAUAUUUAAACAUUUAUAAUUAAAAAACAAAACUUUAAUAAAUUUUGUUGAUUUGUUAAUUCUAAGUUGUUUUAUUUUAACAUCUAUGCAGCACUGAUUGUGGUGGAAUAUUUUCAGAAAGAUUUCAACUUUUCACAUUUUAUUUACAAUUCUGAAAAGAUUUUAUAAAAUGUCAUGUAAAAUAUUGCAACAGAAAUAUUUUUAAAAUCUAUCACAUGAAAUACAUUGAAAAACAUACUCAAGCAUUGGAUAAAAAGUUAUGAUAUCAAAAUGAGAUCAAAUGGUUUCAAAAUAAUCAUUAAAAAUUUUGUGUGUGUGUGUGUGUGUGUGUGUGUGUGUGUGUGUGUCUUUUUAAGACUUAACAUAUCAUACUAUUGAAUUAAUGUAAAUUAUAUUAAACAAUCCUACUAAAAUCGAAACCAAAAUUUAUAUUCAUAUUUUCUAUAAAAAAUAAGAAUGUUUUAAAAAAUAUCGAUAUAACAUUGUUAUGAGUUCCAUAUGAAGAUGAUAAACAAAAUACGUAACGAUUUCAGGAAUAAGAGGCUUCUUGAUGCUUUUGCUGCAUGAAAUUGAACUAGGUCUGUAACAUGCUUACUUUCUAUUUUGCUUUAUCAAGACAAUGAAGAAGUAGAAGUAUUUUAGCUGACAAGUGAAAUUUUGAACAGAUCUAAUUUAGAAUUUUUUUUUUUUUAAUUUUCCCCACUUGUUGUUGACACUCUGUAAAAGGUUAUACUAUGAAAAACAAAACAUUCUAAGUACAUGAUCGAAAAAAAAAUUCGAUAAACCACAGAUCAAAAUCAGAUUUUGCUUUCUAAAGAAUUAAUCUUAUCGCUAAAUUAUUGCUAUUCUAAUAUUCUAUUGCUCUAAUUAUGCUACACUCUUAUUAAUUUUGUCUAACUUUAAAUAUUUAAAAUAAUAAAGUUAUUUGAAAUGCUACUGAUUAGGGGGAAUGGAACAUUCUGUAUAUACAAAAUAUGUACAUUUAACACUAUUAUAAUAUUAUAAGACAAUAUAUAAACCUCCAUACUAGAGAUGUGUGAAUCAAGGAUUUGUGGAUCGAAUCAAACUGAAAUUCUUUCGAAUACAAAUCGAAUUCCAAUAAAAUUUUUCCAGAUAUUACGUUUACUAAUUAAGGCUAAUGUCCACUUGACGCUACAAAUGCUUCGAAGCAUUUUUUGAUUGAUCAAUUUAUAAAAUUCUUUGUUUCGAUUAGUUAAUAAAAUACUACAAAGCAUUUGUAGUGUUAAGUGAACCGCAGCCAUAAAUAUAUUAAGAUAUUUUUAGUGCCAUUGCAGAUUAUUUUUAAUAGACGAGAAAAUUUAUCGUUAAAAUUUUAGAAAAUAAUUACAAAAAAAUUGCGCUAAAUAUAAAUUUAUAAUAGAUUUUAAACAAUAAAUGUAAGAGUAUGUAUUAUACUGGCAAAUAAAUAUUAAUACAUAUAUAAAUAC